AUGCACCACCAUAACCAUCACUUUGCCCGCCAUGGCAUGCAUAGGGUCGCACGAGACCUGCCGCAGCAGCCGGACAUGGUGCCAACUCAAGCCGAGCCAUUGAUCGUGGAAGCUGGUAGUCCAACGAUGGUGAAGAGAUCCGAGUCGACGUGUGGUAGCAGCGGAGAGUGUGAAAAGCCCACCAGCACAACAACAACCACAACCUUGCCUGUGGUGCUAGGAGCAGUUGUACCGAUUGUAUGUGCCAUCAUCGUGUUGAUAUAUCUGCACCGGAGGAACACCAAGAAGCUCCGGAGUGAAGAUGCCAAUGACAAGCACAGGUCUCUUGACUUUGGCAUGGACCUGGGUCCCACAAAAGGCUCCAGGCAGAUGCGAGAGGCCGAAAAAGGGAACGGGGGUUACCACACCAAAGGCAUCUCCCUGGAUAUCGGCCCGAGCCCGUAUCUCCUCCCUCCCGGCUUGCAUGGCUCUCAAGAAUCGUUCAAUUCCUUGUCACGGUCCAUCAGUCGGGACGGUGACAAGUAUCGGCCCGUCGCUUUCCCUCCCAAAGGCAAGAAUCCACCACCUAGGGGUUAUCCCGACGAUACGGCAAGCCUCGGGGGCGGCGCGCUUGGUGACGAUAUGAACCAAGGGUUACUUGGAAAUGCUCAGCGGAUGUCACGUUCAUCUCCGCCCCUGUGCGAGCAACCCGAACCCCACAUGCAAAGUCCGGUGCACGGCAAUGAUAAACCGGCGGAUCUGGACUUCCAAUUCGGCCUUCCCCGAAGUCCGAGCCCUGCCCACUUACCUGGCGCCGCGGCAAAUACUCCGCGGGUGAACGAGGAUGGUGUCCAUGGCUCAAUGGCUUCGCCUCCUCCGCAAAUCAACCUACCGUCGCAUGAUCUUCCACCGAACCACCCUGAACCGGAGCACGGGAACCUAUACACAACGUCCAUUCCAACCCCCAGGAUUUCACUGCCUUUGAGUGAUGCGGGAAGCGACUAUGACAAUAAGACCAAAUCCAACCCGUCGAUUCCUGCCGUCAAUAUCCACGGCGUUGACAACGAUACCAGCCAUGGACAGAUUUUCGACCACCCCCCGGUUCCGCCCGUACCUGAAGAACCCCAAGCGCAGAUGCUGAACACCGAUUCUCGCCGCGAUACUCGCCGGAUGACCCUCGGAUUGCGCCCCUUGCCCCCAGAGGAUGCAACGGAGGACCCUGAGCAACGAGCCAACCGUAUCCGUUCUUUCUACAAGGAGUACUUCGACGAUAGCAAGGCAAACAGGGAAACCGUCUACGAAGACGACGGGAAUGACUUCUAUCCGGAUCCCGAGGGUGACUACAUCUAUGACCCGUACUCGGGGCAAGAGUACUAUGAUCCCGUCCCAGCUCCGUUUGCUGAGCCGGUCUCGCGUCGUGCUAUGACUCCACCCCCGCGCGCCCCUCCACGCUUCCAGGGAGGACCCGGGCAUAUGGCCAGUGGCUCCUUGGGUGGUUACAGCGAUCAGUUCAUGCCCCCAGGCCCGCGUGCAUUUUCUUCGGCAUCUAAUCGGAUGCCCGGUCCGCGAGCACCGCGCAGGCCGGUCCCACCGCCGGCUCCGCUUCAGAAUCUUCCUACUCCUCACAUGCUGAAAGAUGAUUCCUUCAUGACCGCUAUGGACUUUGCCCCCGGCAAGUCGUUCAAAGACCAACGGGAGGGUCGGUCCGAAACGCCUUUGGGUGGAAUGCGUCCCUUCAGCCCGGGGAGUAGGGCUCACACCCCUCUGGCUUCCGCGUUUGAUGAGCUUUCGGUGAUUCCUAGUCCGUUUGCACUGCGGAAAUCAGGAACGUUUGACAAUCUGGACUUUGCCCCUCCGCCUCGAUUCAAGAACACCGAGGCUGCCAGUGACGCGGGCAGCAUUCGCAGCAACGGCACGGGAGUCUCGAUUGCCCACUUGAAUAACAUCCGCACUGGUGCGUACCGUGUCAGCCGCUUGCCCCCGGAAACCGUCGGGACCAAAGACGACUUGAUGUCCAGUCUUCGCCCGGCGUGGGAUAUGCGGACAUAG